AUUGUUUCCAUUCUUCCAGUCGCCACUUGAUAGUAGACUCGCGUGGUCGCGUAUAUACUUAGGUAUAAUAUUUAAUUUAAAACUAACGACUUCUUACAAAACGUACCUAGUUUCAAAACAAAAUAAAAUGUUGUAACCAAAGCCGUGACCGCGUGGGCUCGACUCGCACGUUCUAAUUUUUUUUUUAACAUGGAAUCAAAUAAGAAGAUGGUGGACUCCAGUGUUGAUGUGAUAUGGAAACCUAAUUACAUGCUCAUGUCCUUCCAAAGGAUACUAGUGUUGUCAGUUAUAAUGGCCAGUGUGAUUGUUGUUGUUUAUUUCACGCCAAUGCCAGAAGAGUACUUCGAAAACUGUGAUCGGGAAUGCCAUGAACUGGACUGGCCCAUGAUUUGUCGAGUCAAACUUGUUAUCGAAGUUUAUAAGACAUACAGCAAAUCGUGUAACAGUUGUGCGGAAGAUGGAAAAGAUUGUCCGCCAAUGUGCAUCACAGCAGACGGUCGAGAGCGUGGCGUACUCUCAGCGAACAGAGAGCUUCCCGCUCCCGCUCUACACGUCUGUCAUAACGACAUCCUAGUUGUAGACGUGGUACACCGGGCGCCAGCACAUGCCCUCUCAAUACACUGGCGCGGUCAGCCCCAAAAAGAAACCCCGUUUAUGGAUGGAGCACCUAUGCUUACCCAAUGUCCUCAACCCGCAUACACCACAUUCCAGUACAAGUUUCGCGCUUCCGCAGUCGGAACGCACAUGUAUCACGCGCAUUCAGCCGCAGAUGCUGCUGAUGGUCUUGCAGGAGCAUUUAUUGUGCGCCAAUCACCACGACUGGAUCCACUGAGAAAACUUUACGACAUUGAUGCUACCGAUCAUACUAUUUUCAUAGCAGAAUGGGGACAUUCCAUGGGUCCACUUGCAGGUGUUACGUCUAAAAUUCCCGAUGCUGAAUCGCUUCUAAUAAAUGGCAAAGGGAACACCCCAGAAUCUUCUGACGCUCCUCUAUCAAAAUUCACAGUGGAGUACGGCAAAAAAUAUAGAUUUCGGUUGGCUUAUGGAGGAGGCUUCAAAAGUUGCCCAGUUAACUUUUUUAUUGAACAACAUGCUCUUAAUUUAGUAACACUCGAUGGACAUGCAGUGCAACCAGAGGUAGUUAGAUCGAUUGAGAUAGGAAGAGGUGAACGAGUCGAUUUCAUUUUGGACGCUAAAAGAUCGAUUGGUGUAUACAAAAUUAGAGUAGUCGCCAAUAAAUCUUGUCAAGAAGCUUUGGAAGGAGAAGCUGAACUGGUGUAUAAAAGUAAAGAUAACGUUUUAGUGAAAGAUGAGGAUGACAAUGAGGCAGUGAACCGUGAGUUUACAACAGUGUUUAGUGAUAAGUGUGCCAGUGUCGAUGUACUGUGUUUGGACGAAGUCCACGCCGCAGAAAAACUCCCUGCAGAACUUACAAAAGCGACCGGGGAAAUAAUUUAUGUGCCUUUUAAUUAUUCCACGAGGCAGAUUUCAGCGAAACGUGUCGAAAGCUGGGGUCAGACUGACGGGCACCGCUUCACGUACCCCGCGUCGCCACUACUGACGCAAGGCGCUGAUGUGACUCCUGAAUCGAUGUGCCCUAAGGAGUCUGGACUUGGCGAGGAGUGUGUUCAUGUCAAACAUGUGCCUCUUCACUCCACUGUGGAACUCGUCAUGUUGGAUCAGGGAGGUGAAUCUGACCAUAUUUUCCACCUACAUGGCUACAGCUUCUACGUAGUUGGCAUCCGACAGUUCAACAAGAGCAUGGACAAAGAAACCAUGAUCAAGAUGCAUGAAGAGGGGAUACUAUUCCCGAACAAAAAUCUCGAAGACCCAGUAAAAAAAGACACUAUAGUGGUACCUAAGUUUGGUGCAGUAGCUUUACGGUUUAAAGCUGAUAAUCCAGGGUAUUGGAUGAUGAGGGAUGAAAGAUCAGCCCACUGGACGAGAGGAUUAGAUUUUGUACUAAAGGUCGGUGAGCAGAGGGACUUUGUGCAAGCGCCGGUAGACUUUCCUAAAUGUGGUUCCUAUGUAGGGCCUGAAUAUUUCUUGAUAUAAUUCGUCUAGACUGAUAUGUUACCAUUACUGUUAAGCUCGGUUUAUUUAUUGGUAUGUGAUAUGAUUAUGUGAUUGCUUCGAUAGUAACCAAGUUUUGAUAAGAUAUCUAGGUAAUCUAGGUAUAAAUUGUGCAUAUUUUGUUUUUAAUAUCACUUUUAUUUUAUAGUCCUGUGAACUUUAUUUUAACACGUAUUUUGUUGGUCUGACUGUUUUUGAACUGAGUUAAUUGUUACUGAGUUCAAGGUUCACAUUUUUACGAGAUUUUUGACAAUCGCUAAAGUUACUUUUAAUGUUCGUGAAGUAGAUAAGUAUGCUCAGUAUAAUAUGAGUUUCUGAUUGAGGAUGCCAUUUUCAGUUAAUUAAAAUAAUGUUACUUCCAUUUAUGUAAUUCUAGUACAUAUUUUCUGGCGGAACAAAGCAAUCUUAAUAGUUUAGUAUUCUUGUAAUAAUACUACAUAUACUAGACACAUGAAUUAUUCAUAAAUAGCUAAUUUACAGAUUUGUAUGCAUGUUUAUAAACACUGUGUACUGUACUGUAAAAAAUAAAAAUAAUUAAGUACUAUAGUAAUUAAAACAUUAACAUUAAAUGGUCAAGACUUCACUUCUUAUGCAUUCACGUGCGAGUCUCGGCACAAAAGUUCGUGAACGGUGCGAAUCUUAAGUUCCGUAAAUUAACGAGUAACCUCAAAGUUGUAUAAAUGAAAUGGCUGUUUUGCACCGUUCAUGGGGCUGUCUAUGGGCCAUCGCGGCGUAUAUUUUCAUGACGUGGCUCCUAGGAAUUGUAACACCAGCAACUCUGCAGUAUGGCAUACCUACACUUCAUACAGUUCCUUGUAAAAUCUGAUGUUACUACCUUCAUGUUCACUGAUUGUCCAGGCUUUUAAAGUUUACGCCUUGCUACUUUUUGGCUGUUGUUCAUAAGUGGCGCAAAACCGUUAGUAUGUAUGUAUGAAUGUAUAUACUUUAUUGAACCACAAAACACAAAAAGAAAUCUUAAAAUGUAGGUACAAAAAGGCGGUCUAAUCGCUAAAUAGCCGAUCUCUUCCAGACAACUUUAAUGCUAGGGAGGAAACGAACAAAUGGACAGUGGCUCCUGGGAGGUGGUGUAUAUAAUAAACCUAAAUACUAAUAGAGUUAGUGUGGAUGGUUGUUUUGCUCGCGUUCGCGGUUCACAAGAUAUUCAAGGGCUUUCACGCCGCGAUUCGCACGCGAGUGAAGACCAAGCCUUACAACAAUAUAGGUACUUAAAAGUCUGGUUUUGGAAAGGCGAAGUUCAUCAAACUGGGGUACCUACUUUUUGAAACGAAGGUUUAUACAAGUUUAUUUAAAUAAAUGUAACUGAAGUAUCCAACGGGGUUAAUAGCAAUAUCAUGACAAAUAGUUAUUGUAAAUGUUCAUAAUAUCUUAAUAGGAUUAUGUGAUAAUCCAUUUGGAUUAGGAUAGCAUUGACAAUAUUAUUAACUAGCAAUUUCAGAAGCUGUAUACUGUAUAGGGGUAAUGGAAACAGGUAGCUAUUGGAAACAUUAUUUUGUACGAAAUUGAAGACUAUAGAACUGGAUUGAUUCUAUUGAUGUAAAUAUAUUCAUAUUUUUUCCAA